AUGAACAACCUCGGUACCAAGGUGUCUCGAUUCGUCUCUCUGAACUCGCCAGCGGCCGGUGGCGUAAAUGCACGUAGGCCAGCUAUCUUUGCGGCCAUAACCCGCAGAAUGAAAGGUCGGAAGGUGCUCGAGUGUCAUGCAUUUUUAUGCGCCACACCGAGUGACGCUCAGAAUCUGGUCCACGCAUCAAAAAUGGCGGACAGAGUCUACAAGAAUGGACUAGGAUUUACUGGUUUCAGCUCUGUCUACGGUAAUUCACUGGCCAGCACGCUCAACUCACGUCCCGAGGCCGAUUCGAAAGUGCAUCUAAUUCCCGCUGACCAGAAAUCAACGAAGAGCGAAGUACCCCAAGAAUUUUUCGAUGCGCCACCCGCACACGGUUAUUUCUACAGCGCAGGGCCAGAUAAUGUGAAGAGUUACACAGUUGAAAGGGUUGCCGAUAGUUUACCCAAUGGGAACAUAUCAAACGAAGCAAGGACUUUGGACCGAUCUUCCUUUAGAAGCGCGGCAUCAAUGCAACCCAACGUUUUAGUACCGCACCCUAUGGCCCCUAUGCGUCCUCAAUUCAUUCGUCAUAUAGCUCCCAUGAGUAUGAAAAAAGGUGGAUCAAUUCUUGUUAACACGUUGCCGCCUCCCAGAAGGUUCCUUUCCCCACCAACGCAGCCAAUGUCUCGAAAUGCGAGUCGAAAGGAUCCUUAUAUUUACAUGCAACCCCAUAUACCUAAUUACCCACCAUACGCAUAUCGGAUGCCACUCCAGCUACGCAAAGACCACUCUCCUUCGUCCUGUCAGUCUUCUGGAAGCGGGGAAACUGCAAAAGCUAAUUUGUCUCCGUCAAACUCGGCAAAAUCAAACAGCAAAAAGGAUGACCUGACUACAAAUGGAAACGAAGCUGGUUCAUCAAGUGAUUCAUCACGGCCAAACACCCCACCUCGAGACUAUGAGGUAUUCACUGCGCCUGAUAUUCAAAAGUCCCGCCUCAGUCGUCGGGAACAGCACGAGAUGCAAAAAAGGAGAUCGAUGUCACCGGGAAUGGUUCAACCGAUGAUCUACCCUUAUAACCCUUACAUCUAUCCGGCCUACUACUAUCCACAUCCCAUACCAGCACGCCCCAGAUCCCUGCCUCCACCACUUGACAGCAAAAAAUCAUCUAAGAGUUCUCGGAAAAAGAAAGAGAAGAAAUCCAAGAAAAAGACGAAAGGAAAACCUGUUGAUGACCCUUCCAGUGAUCAUUUCGGCUAUAAUUCGGAGGUACCAACAGGAACAGAACCUUUCAUUCGGUCGUCACUUGAUAGGUCACGGACGUUCCAAAAUGAGAGGGCUUUUGCUUAUAGCAUAGCCGAGGAGAGAAAACGAAGAUCAUUCACUCAAACUCCGACACCCUAUGGACAAUUCGAUGAGAAAGAUACCGACUUUCUUUAUUAG